UGGAUGGGCAUCUUCCUGCACUCUUUUUUGCCUAGCUAUACAUAUUUUACUCAUUUUCCAUGUUGUACAUGCUGAAUAUUUUAAUAGAAAUAACAAUGUUACAGUUUUUUAAAUAAUUAAAUUUACCCACAUUGAGUUCAGCGUUCUUAUACCAGGGAUGAAAUAGAUUGCAAGUUGUCCACCAAGACAGACAUUCAGAAAACCACACAACAGUGUCAUCACAGAAACAAUGACCAGAUUGAGCAUAAUACAGAAGAGUUUUACUAUUGGAAGGACAAGGUCAGAAAAGAGAGGCCAGUGAUGCAAAGUAUAUUUUACCAGAAGAACAUGAACAUUUCUGAAAACACAGUUUCCACCAUUUUGCAAGGCUAUACUACAUCUCCAACAAUGAACAGUCCAGUGAGCAGUGAACACGAGUCUCAGAAGAUCAUUUUGAUGCUGCUCUACAGCCUUGUGUUUGCUGGUGGAUCAGUUGGAGCCAUCGUACUGUCUCAAAAGUUACUGAAAACCAGAAGUUUCUCAGUUACAACUACAGCGGUUAUUAACUUGGUAGUGGUUCACAGCAUGUUCCUCAUUGUUGUCCCAUUUCGCAUCAGUUACUAUGUCAUGGGAGCGUGGAAGCUUCCUUCUUUUUUCUGUACGGUAGUUAGUGCUAUGCUCCCUUUCCACAUGUACACCGCCUUCGGCUUCUAUGUGGCGAUUUUAAUCAUUCGAUUUCUUACUUUCUUCAAAAAGAACAUCAGAGUGUACUAUUGCAAGCAGCUACAUUCUCUUAUUAUAAGUACAGUAGUCUGGACUAUAGUGAUUGUAUUAAUUCUUCCCUUAAUUAUUCAACUAUACAAGAAUUAUGACAGUAAAAAAGAGAGAUGUUUUGAAUAUCAUGUAAAAAACUAUGACCAACAAAUAAUUACAGUAAACUACUUUAUAAUUAUUUCUAUGAUAUUAGCAAUGACCACAUUAAUGAUAAUUCAAAUUAUUAUACUUGCAAAAGUGGUGAUGAAAUUCAAGAAGGAAGCUUGUUCCCAUCAAGAAUUCAGAGCUCAGGUGAAGACUUUCCUUUUUGUGCUGGCUAUGUUGAUUUCUUUUCUGCCAUAUCACAUAUUUAGAAUUUACUAUAUUAGUGAAGGCACCCAACCCAAUUCAACAGAAUUGUACUUUUAUAAUGAAUUUUGCUCAGGAUUAACAGCUAUCAGUUGUCUUGACUCAUUGGUGAUUUUGGCAGUUGUUAGUUUGUCAAAAAGACAAAUGUCUUUUCAAUAAAACAUUUAUGCUUUUCAGAA